GAAUGAGCAGCCUCAAGAUGUGGCACAGUUGCGGCACGAAUGGGGUAGUGCUUACAUAUGCAGGCCUUUUGGGCAGUAAAUCCGGCUGCACUACAUCGGAAUUUGGCCAUGAUGCGUAAAGAUUUAUCAGCACUUGUCAGCAAUUGCUGAACGCCGCUAACUCUUCAUAGUAGCAACGAUAAGCAUUUGUAGUGGUAUUAAAAUCUUCCACUUUGAGUGUCAUAACCUUUACUGGCAGCUUUCAUCAUCAUGGAAGGUGGUACAGUUCUUCUCACAGGUGCUAAUAGCUCGCUCGCAAUUCCCUCGAUAGAAUAUCUCCUCACAAAAUAUGCGGAUUACACUGUCGUGCUGACCGUCCGCAAUCCAUCCGACGAGAAUACUCAAAGGCUUCGUGAAAUACUUUCUAAUUUUCCUGAAGACCGAUCAACUAUCCAUACACUUGACCUUGGCUCAUUAGCCGCUGUGGAGAGCUUUGCUGGCGUCAUCGAGGCGGACAUCACCGCGGGCAGAUUGCCCCCCCUCGCAGCUAUAAUCUGCAAUGCUUUCACAUGGAGCAUUUCCGAUGGUUUGAAGUUUACCUCGGAUAACUAUGAAAGUUCUAUGGCUGUCAAUCAUCUUGCCCACCUUGCAAUAAUCUUGAGGCUGUUGGGCUCAUUUCGGCCGGACGGGGGUAAGAUCGUCAUUCUUGGAAGCGACUCACAUUACCCUGGCAAAAGUGGCCUUGAAAAGUUUCCCCCAAACCUUCCUGAAGAUUUGGAGCUUCUUGUUCAUCCCGCACCAGAUAAAAGCGGAGAAGAAGUUGGCCGUGGGUUUCAAAGAUACGGGUUAUCGAAAGCGGCAGCAAUCAUGGGGAUGUAUCAAUUGAACAAAAGACUUUCCAAGGACCCAUCGUUAAGCAAGAUUUCAGCAGUGGCCAUGGAUCCUGGUGGACUUACAGAUUCUAGGUGCAUGAGUUCUGGUGUACCAUCUGCAUGGUGGAUUCUGAUGAGAGGAGUACUUGGUCCAUUGCAACCUCUCUUGAGAUAUCUAGUUCCAACACUACGCAACACCAAGAUCGCAGCUACAGAUCUGAUUGAUAUCUCAGUUGGGGAAGAGUACCGUGUGUCAAGUGGCUACUAUGUUAUGUUGAACAAGGAAGAGAGCUCGCCAGAGAGCCAGGAUGAAGAGAAGCAAUUGAAGCUGUGGAAAAAGAGUAUGGGGUGGAUAAAGAUUAGCCAAGACCAGACACCACUACGAGAAAUACUCACAUAGAUCUUGAUAACCAUAUUAGGUGUGACUGUUGCGGUAUUGAAGGUGCGUAAGGAGAUGACACACAUAAUGAAAUGGCCUGCAGAAAAUGUUGGGAAAACAGAAUAGCCAGAUAAGUAGGCCAGCUUCAAGGAAAGGGAAGCCCAGGAAGUAUGGCGUGAAGCGGGAAAAGCUCGUGCGAAGACGCGGCUGUAAAACAUCAUGAUGGAAGCACGGAUUGGAACUGACUUGGCAGGAUGGAGAAAUACACCACCAAUUGUUCCCUGUUAAUCGAAUAUCACUCUUUCUUAUCUUUAUUGUUCAAUUGCUAUCAUUCAAAUUGAUAUAUGCUGCCAUCACGAUCUAAUCAACAUACACACCACUUAAACAUUUUUUUGUCAAAAACCCGGCCUUCUUACUUCGUCUAUAUCAGAUCACACCUCAGUUAGAAUCAUAAUUCAAGUAUCCUACCAAAGCUCUCUUGUUUCCCAAGGACUAUUUAGCCUGGCAAUCACAACAGCUGUCCCCA